GUACUGAUUGAUGAGAAGAUCAGUCCAGUAGUCGAUAGCUUCGGAGCUAUUGGAAGCUCCGAUAGCGAUGUAAGUAUCUUGUCCCAUACAUUCAAAGUUACUAUCAAGGCAGUUCAAGAGUGUAUUGGUGAACCUUAA